AUGGAAUCUGGGAGAAGGGGAUGGAAUCUGGGAGAAGGGGAUGGAAUCUGGGAGAAGGGGAUGGAAUCUGGGAGAAGGGGAUGGAAUCUGGGAGAAGGGGAUGGAAUCUGGGAGAAGGGGAUGGAAUCUGGGAGAAGGGGAUGGAAUCUGGGAGAAGGGGAUGGAAUCUGGGAGAAGGGGAUGGAAUCUGGGAGAAGGGGAUGGAAUGGGGAGAGGGGAUGGAAUCUGGGAGAAUGGGGAUGGAAUCUGGGAGAAGGGGAUGGAAUCUGGGAGAAGGGGAUGGAAUCUGGGAGAAGGGGAUGGAAUCUGGGAGAAGGGGAUGGAAUCUGGGAGAAGGGGAGGAAUCUAGGAGAAGGGGGUGGAAUCUGGAGAAGGGGAUGGAAUCUGGGAGAAGGGGAUGGAAUCUGGGAGAAGGGGAUGGAAUCUGGAUGGAAUCUGGGAGAAGGGGAUGAAAUCGGGAGAAGGGAUGGAAUCUGGAGAAGGGGAUGGAAUCUGGAGAAGGGGAUGGAUCUGGGAGAAGGGGAUGGAAUCUGGGAGAAGGGGAUGAAUCUGGGAGAAGGGGAUGGAAUUGGGAGAAGGGGAUGGAAUCUAGGGAGAAGGGGAUGGAAUCUGGGAGAAGGGGAUGGAAUCUGGGAGAAGGGGAUGGAAUCUGGGAGAAGGGGAUGGAAUCUAGGAGAAGGGGAUGGAAUCUGCGAGAAGGGGAUGGAAUCUGGGAGAAGGGGAUGGAAUCUGGGAGAAGGGGAUGGAAUCUGGGAGAAGGGGGGAUGGAAUCUGGGAGAAGGGGAUGGAAUUUGGGAGAAGGGGAUGGAAUUUGGAGAAGGGGAUGGAAUUUGGGAGAAGGGGAUGGAAUCAGGGAGAAGGGGAUGGAAUCUGGGAGAAGGGGAUGGAAUCUGGGAGAAGGGUGGUGAAUCUGGGAGAAGGGGAUGGAAUCUAGGAGAAGGGGAUGGAAUCUGGGAGAAGGGGAUGGAAUCUGGGAGAAGGGAUAGAAUCAGGGAGAAGGGGAUGGAAUCUGGAGAAGGGGAUGGAAUCUGGGAGAAGGGGAUGGAAUCUGGGAGAAGGGGAUGGAAUCUGGGAGAAGGGAUGGAAUCUGGGAGAAGGGGAUGGAAUCUGGGAGAAGGGGAUGGAAUCUGGGAGAAGGGAUGGAAUCUGGGGAAGGGAUGGAUCUGGGAGAAGGGGAUGGAAUCUGGGAGAAGGGAUGGAAUCUGGGAGAAGGGGAUGGAAUCUGGGAGAAGGGGAUGGAAUCUAGGAGAAGGGGAUGAAUCUGCGAGAAGGGAUGGAAUCUGGGAGAAGGGAUGGAAUCUGGGAGAAGGGAUGGAAUCUGGGAGAAGGGGAUGGAAUCUGGGAGAAGGGGAUGGAAUCUGGGAGAAGGGGAUGGAAUCUGGGAGAAGGGGAUGGAAUCUGGAGAAGGGGAUGGAAUCUGGGAGAAGGGGAUGGAAUCUAGGAGAAGGGGAUGGAAUCUGGGAGAAGGGGAUGGAAUCUGGGAGAAGGGGUGGAAUCUGGGAGAAGGGGAUGGAAUCUGGAGAAGGGUAUAGAAUCUGGGAGAAGGGGAUGAAAUCUGGGAGAAGGGAUGGAAUUUGGAGAAGGGGAUGGAAUCUGGGAGAAGGGGAUGAAUCAGGGAGAAGGGAUGGAAUCUGGGAGAAGGGGAUGGAAUCUCAGAGAAGGGAUGGAAUCUGGGAGAAGGGGAUGGAAUCUGGGAGAAGGGGAUGA